GAUUUUACGUCACGUCCUGUUAUCCCGGCAACUUCUUGCAAGUCCUAGCUAGAAACGCUAACCGGAAGUCGUUCGGAAGAAGAUAAUAAACCAUACAAACGCAUACCGGAUUAGUGAACAUAAUAGUCGUUUUUAAGAAACACCAUGGAGGAACAAAGUGCCGACAUAGAAGUGACCGUCAAAACUUUAGAUUCUCAGAGCAGAACUUACACUGUUGGUGCUCAGCUCACCGUGAAAGAGUUCAAGGAGCACAUUGCGUCCUCUGUGGGAAUCCCUGUCGACAAACAGAGACUCAUCUACCAAGGCAGAGUUUUACAGGAUGAAAGAACACUGGCAGACUACAAUGUAGCUGGCAAGGUGAUCCACCUUGUGGAGCGGGCGCCCCCUCCGCCCGCCCAGCCCGGCUCGGGGUCGGGGGGCAGUUCAGCCGACAGCGGGCCCUCAUCCUCGUCCCACGAUAGUUCUCAAAUGCCUCCACAUGAUCGUAAUGCCAACAGUUACGUCAUGCUUGGCACAUUCAAUCUCCCAGUCAACAUAAUGGAUCCCCAACAAAUACAGAUGUCAGUACAGCAGAUGAUGUCCAACAUGGGGGAUAAUGCAAGAAAUGCCAGAGUGACAACCAGCACUGGGAGCAAUGGGUCAGUGAACGUGCACAUCGACAUGGAUCAGCAGGUGCAGAGUGAACCCCGGCUGAGGCUGGUGCUGGCUGAGAACAUGCUGAGAGACAUCAAUGAUUUGAUUGAAAGGAUGGAGGGUCGAACGGCCGACUCAUCUGCACUAAGGGACACGACUUCCUCCGUGGCCAUAGCUCGUCCCUUGUCUUCAUCGUCCACUUCGACCCCCUCUCCCUCUGCUCAGCCCAUGGACACCUCCCCUCCUCCUAUGUCCCCCCCACCUCCACCAACUUCGUCUGCAACAUCUGAGGGACCGACGCCUCAGCCUGGACCCAAUCACCCAAGUCCAACUGAGCUAUCGGAGAUGUUGUCUGAACUAAGGAGGGUGGAGGAGAGGCUGCAACCCUUCAUCCAGCGAGCUCACACCAUUCUGGAGACUGCGACCACCGCAGAAUACAACAACAAUACAGAAAGAGAGGACAACCAGCAGACCCUCGUUCUUACAUGGGAGUGUCUCCGUCUCCUCGGCAACGCCCUAGUGGCCCUUAGUGACCUGCGCUUGAAUCUAAUGAGCCCGGUGCCUCGCCACCUUCAUGUGGUGCGGCCAAUCUCCCACUACGCCGUUCCUGUCUCCAUGCCCGGCGCUGUGCACCGCCACAUCCCAGUGCAAAUGAACGUGGGCGCGACAAUGACGGCAAAUGGCACAGAGGGACAGGCGCCGCCCGCGCAGCCAGCUGGCCAGUCGGAGCAGGCAGGUCAGGGACAGACCACCCCCUCACAGACUUCCCAGUCCAAUCAGCAGGCUGGACAGGGACAGGCUGGCCCCCGGGUCAUCAGGAUCAGCCACCAGGCAGUUCCGGUGGUCAUGAUGCAGAUGAACACGGACGGCACAAGUGCUAACCCUGCAGCUGGUCACCAGAUGCCAGGCCAGCCAGGUGGCCUACCCCCAGACUUUAUGAGAAAUCUCAUGCAACAGGUCAGCCAGUACGCCACCGCCGCUGCCACUGCUGCCGCUACCGCUGCUGCCACUGCUGCUGCCACUGGCCAAACCAUUCCGCCACAGCCCACCCAUCCUGGCUACAGCGCCACAGCCAACUCCUCAGCUCCCACCAUGGGUCCUAACACCCCUAACACCACGCCUACUGCACCCCAACCACCUCCUCACGCUGGCCCCCAGCCUCAUGCCAGGGUUGUGUUCACCCGGCCACCGUUUGCACCAAACAUUCCUCUUCCGGCUUUCGGCACCCGAGGAACCACCAUCAAUGUGAGGGCGGCUAUGCCUGGCCAGCAGCCAGGACAGGCUUUCAACCCUGCUGCUGUCAAUCAAAUGAUUAGCGCGCUGGUUGGUCAACUUUUGCUGCCAGGACAAAUGGCAGCUCAGCCAGCCAGCACCUCUUCAUCCACCUCGACAUCCUCCUCCACUUCCUCUUCCGCGUCCUCCUUUUCCUCUCAAACUUCCUCCUCCUUUUCUUUCUCUACCUCGAGUGGAGAAGCAAACUCCGCCAGUCCACCGAAUCAGACCGAGAACUUCAGCGAGCCGCAGUCUCAGGAAAUGCACGCAGACCUCAGCCAGAUGCUUGGCUCUCUGCUAGGGGCUACCGGAGAGGCCACGCUGGGUACUGCAGGGGGCCCCUCCAUCACCGUUACCACCUCAGGUCUCCCCAACCUUAUGCAGGGAGUGGCUGAGUUCAUGCAGCAGGCUACCCAGCCCAUCUUCUCCCCGCCACCUCAUCCGCCCUCUAGCGCUACCACUGCUCCUAACGAAGAAACCAACCCGACUUCCAACCCUGCAUCUGCAGCAGCAUCUGAAGCCCUCAACCCGGAGCUGUUCACCGGCAUCGUCCGUGGCUUCCUGAGUUCAAUGAUGGGUUCUCUCGGCCAGGCGCAGAAUGACACUGAAAGCAUUGCGCAAUUCAUGCAGAGGCUUUCCCAGACCACCAACAUCUUCAUCAGCCCGGAGGAACCAACUGGCUUCUUUGGUGAGCUGCUGAUGCUGGUGUGCCAGACGUUCACCAUGUCCGACUUGGUAAUGUUGCUGCAUGGGCAGCACCAGCCGAUGGGCCGCAUACAGCCGCAACUGUCCCAGUUCUUCACCCAGAACUACCUCAAUGGCAGAGAGCCCACAGAUGCAAACAUUUCUGCUGCUGCUGACACUAUCGUGCAGGAAUUGGAGGAAUACAUCACAGAAAGCUUUAGGGAAUCACCCGUCACCAUUUUGGAGGGUGUUGACGUUACCCGGACUAACAUGUCCUUCUUCAGACAGCAGUUGAUGGGUAUCGCAACACACAUUCUACGUUGUACAGAUGACUCUUUUGGGGUUCGCCUGCUUCAGAUGUGCAACCAGGCGCUGUUUGAAUGUCUGGCACUCAACCUGCACUGUCUUAGAGGAGACCAACGAGCGCUGACUGCUGUCAUCAAUCACCGGAUUCGGAGGAUGUCAAGUGACAUCAGCCCCAGUCUCGUCAACUGGAUGACCAGCAUGAUGACCAUGAGGCUACAGUUAAUUUUAGAACACCUCCCCAUCACACAGGAGCAGAUCCAAAACUACAUUGUUUACACACAGGUCACACACACACAGAAGGAUCAGCCGGCUGCGAGUGACACUCAAGAGCCAGAGCAAACACAAAGUGCUGCGAUCAGUGACACUCACUCACCCGCCGCAGCCACCACAGCGGAAGAGGCCAUGUUGGCGUCAUGCAACGCGAGGGCGUCAUCACGGGAGACAAGAACGCUGCCCGUAGACCUGGGUGCCACGGGAGGAUCAACGCCCUUAGCCGCCAUGACGGCAGUAGGAGCUGAGGGAGUCAACUCCAACUCUGCUGGAGAGUCUGAGGCCUGGGCAGCCACCGUACCGCCAGAGUGGGUUCCCAUCAUCAGGUGUGACAUGAUCACUCAGAGGAAGAUGAAGGCGCAGCCACCGCUGUCUGACGCCUAUUUGCACGGCAUGCCCGCCAAGCGCAGAAAGACUGGACAGGUUGGUGGAAGCCUGGCCUCCCUCUCGGACGCUGUGAGUCAAGCAGCCAGGGCGGCCGGUGUGAAGCCCAUCACGUCUGGUGAGCGUCUGCAGGAAGAGCUGGAUACAGAGGAGCUGAAAGAGGCUUAUUCAGAGCAGGUCAAAGCAGACAUCAAAAAACGAACGCAGGACGACCCAGACUUCAACUCUCAGCAGUUUCCGGACACACACAGAGCCUUCUUGUCCGACUCGUAGUCUCGACUUUUGUCUUUGUCUUCAUGGCCACUUUUUGUAAACUCAGACCCCUUCCUCUUCUUUCUGCUCAGUACAGCUUGAUCCUCUUCCCCUGAGUGCUAAUUGCAGGAUGCUAAUGCAGCCAUGUCCCCCUAGUGCCUAUUUAUUGCUUUGCUCCGACUCUCUAAUUUACUGUCUUGAUAAGAGUUGACUGAAUAUCAUGAUUUUCAUCGUU